AUGGACCCAAUGUCGAGCUUCAAUCCAACACAAGCCUCUCGGCCCAAAGAUCUUCCGCUAGUGAUAACUGGGAAGACAGUCAAAACCUAUCUCAAGGAUGCUAGAGCAAACGAUGUCUCUGUCGACUUCGAGAAAGUUGCCGCACUCGAUGACACAACUGAGAGCCAGGCUUCUGAGACCUCAGGUUUUGCAUCCAGUGUUCCGCAUUGCGAUCGAUGCCAUGAUCUAGUUCAUAGCUCGCGCGGGACUUCGAUUGACCAUCCUUCCAUUGAAAACAUCGCCGACUCCGUCGCCGAAUCACCUCACAAGCGGAACCAUGUGUACCACGUCCUGGACGCAGCUGAUUUCCCGAUGUCCUUGAUUCCAUCCAUACACUCAUAUCUGUCUCUUGCGAAGCCGCGGAGUCAGAAUCGCCGCUCACAGCACCAAUACACUGUCCGUCCCACUAUGUCCUUUAUUAUUACAAGGUCGGACCUGCUCGCACCCACGAAGGAGAAAGUAGAUUCUUUGAUGCCCUACUUCAGGGAAGUGCUCAGGAAAGCCCUGGGCCGAUCAGGGGAGGGCAUGCGACUAGGAAAUCUCCAUUUGGUAUCUUCGAAACGCGGUUGGUGGACUUCAGAGCUCAAGAAAGAGAUCCGGGAGCGCGGUGGUGGGAAUUGGAUGAUAGGAAAGUUCAAUGUCGGCAAAUCCAACCUCUUCGAAGGACUGUUUCCCAAAGGCUCUGGUGGGCAAACAUCACUCCACAACGAACUACCUCUGCAAGAAGCGGCGGAAGAACGACGGAUUAUACCCGAUUUUUUGCCCGAAUCGCAAUUGCUACCACCACCGCAGGUGGAAGUACCAUAUCCGACGCUACCUCUAGUAUCGAGUCUACCCGGCACUACAGCAUCCCCAAUACGCAUCCCUUUUGGCAACAAUAAAGGCGAGCUAAUUGAUAUGCCGGGCUUGGAACGCGGGAACUUGGAGUGGUACAUUCAACCGGAACAUAAGCUUGAUCUGGUCAUGACCUCCCGACCGACAGUGAAGCAGCACAAACUCAAACCCGGGCAGUCAUUGUUACUUGGCGGAGGCGUGGUUAGGAUCACUCCUGUUCUCGGCGAAGCCAAUCGAGACAUGGUGGUUUUGGCUUAUCCUUUCGUUCCUCUUGAGGCGCAUGUCACUUCGACGGACAAAGCUAUCGGCACUCAACAGCAGGAGCGUGAGAGUGGCAUCGCCUCAAUCUUGGCAGCUGACAUAGGAUCGCACUUCCAGUCGGCCGGGGUCUUCUCCCUGGAAACGGACGUGACUAAGCACCAUGCAAGCGCAGUGCUGCGGUCUGGCGUGCCACUUUCACGCCUUCCUUUCCGUGUCUACUCUACAGAUAUUCUUAUCCAAGGUGUUGGAUGGGUCGAGCUGGUUUGCCAAGUCAGGCGUAAGCCAAGAGAGAAAAUAUUUAUGGACCCAAACUCCCUGGCUGAUGGUGAGCACACGGAGUUAUCACCAGGGUCAGAUUUGUCACUACCGCACACCGCCUUUAAGCCAUAUUCGCCACAAUUACAGCAACAAUCCCAGCAUCCCACUGUCGAAGUUUUCACACCGAACGGUGAGCAUGUCAGCUCGAGGAUGUCAAUGAGUGCCUGGUCAAUCUGGAAGGACGGACGAGUUUUGCGAAGUCGCGAUAAGCCUUCCAGGCAGAGAAAACCUAUGAGCGGCGAGAAAGCGCAACGGAAGAGGCAGGCGGCUAUGCGCAUGGUUGCAACAUCGUAA